AUGCUCGUAGACAAGGAAAAUCAGGCCUCUUCUGUAUGUUCUGACUAUGGCCGACGGCUGCUGGAGGCUGUACAAGAGACGCCAGAGAUCAACGAUUUUCGCGCUCGAUGUCCGGGGAAAUUUCGAUCAAUUUGCUUCUUACACUUGUCGUUCGCGAUUGAUGUUCCUUUGAAUUUAUUCCACGAGUGUAAAAACUCUGAUCAAAUUGUCAAUGAACCUUCAGGCAGGCGAAUAUUUUCACGUUUGUGGCGUAACGGAGGUGAUUCCCAAUCUUUAUCGCUCACUUCUGGUCUCCUCGAGAAGCUUAUUUACCUCAUGACAAUGCUGGAAACUACUGGCGGAUUUCAAGCUGAGGGUGUAUUCCGCAAAACUGGAAGCCUUGCCCAACAGCGAUCAGUCACUGAGUCCCUACUAAAUCCGGACUUUGAUUGUACAACUUUUGCUUGGACUAAAUUCUCGCCCCAUGAACUCGCAGGGGCGCUGAAAUCUAUCAUCGGUCACCUGGCCCAGCCACUUCUCACUUCCACACUGACGCCACUCUUUAUCGAAGCCAUACGUCUAUGGGGACGUGAAGCAGGUACCCGAGAAGGAAGGGAGAAUAUGUCACCAACGGAUUUGCUUGCUUAUGGCAAGCAAGUGAAGUCAUUACGUCUCCUGGUUCAAUUGUUACCUGCACCAAAUCGGUCCUUGUUGAAACACCUGUUGCGUUUGCUGGGGCUUGUGUCGGAGCACGUGAUGCAGAACCGUAUGACUGGUACUGCCCUUGGCACGGUUUUCGGGCCCGUCUUUGUGCCCUCUGUGUUCGGCGAGGUUAUUAACGAAUCGCAAUGCAAGAACUCCAACAGCUUCAAAAAGGACUACCAAGAGGCAAUUUUGCUCGCAACUCGACUGAUUGAGCUGAACGAUAAGUUGUUUCUUCUGCCAACUGCACUUAUUGAGGAUAUUCGCCACAACUCCAAAGAAUCUUUAAGCCAGGAAGCGGAAGAAAGGCAGGAAGACAGAGAUACUUUACGGUGCUCACCCUAUCGGUGGGGUAGACACUUGCGGCGCUCCAACUCCCCUUUGCAAACCUCGGUUCGCUUCGCAUCUCUCUCCUCCGUGUCGACCACCGUCUCUUCUUUGCAAACCUCUCCGUCGCUGAAAGCUGUCACCGGAGAAGUCUCCAACACUACCCCCUCUGCUACCGUCAUUACCACCGCGAUAACUUACCAACAAUAA